GCUGCUUGAUCGGUUCCUGAGAAAAAAGAAAAGGAGUCGGAGACUGCGAGGUCCUAAUCGUCUUUUAGCUCCGAUUGGUUGCUCCAAAACCCAAACAAAAGAAAGGUUCAAGAAAUCUGAAUACAGCAAUGUGUCAGAUACGAGUUGGUAAUGUUUUGAUCACUACUCUCUACAUUGUCUGGAUUGGUAUUAGCGGUUCGAGUUUGAGCUAUGGAGAUUUGGUAGAUAAGAAGGUUCUGAAUGUAGGGGAAGAGCUGUGGAGGGAGAUUCUGCCGCUACGAAUGGGUUCGCGGCUUUACCGGCUUGAAGGGAUCAAGCCGAGUACUUGGUAUGAAGUGAAGAUAUCAUAUCCAGCUUCUAUUCCGGCUAGCUUUUCCAUACAACUCAAGAGAGGGGACUUGGAGUUACCACUGAAUGGGAACAGAAGAUUACUGAACACCGAAAAGCUGAUUUUCAAGAGCGAAAAUGAUGAUCAGAACGAUCAGGGUGACAUGUAUGUGUUGGUGACUGUGGAGCCUGAGGGGGUUGUUGCCAUACCAAAUGUGCAGGAGAGGGAGCACAUCAUCUUCAACAUAGUUUGUGAUGAACUGUUGCUGGGGAUUCCUCACCAAGCUUGGUGGGUCGUAGGCUUUGUGGUGGUGUGUUUGGUUUUGGCCAUCAUCAUACCCUCAUUUCUUCCACCCUUUUUGUUAAGAGCAGUUGAUCAGAAUGCUUCGAAAAAUUCUUGAAUUCGACUCUGAUUCUGACUCUGACUGGACGAAGAUCAUUUGAGGCCUUAGUUCGUUUUGAGUCACUCCCGGGCAUCGAUGGGGCUUCUCUUUUUUUCUUCUUGUUCUCUCUUACA